UCUGCAGUUUUUCCUGGGCUUCCUUAAACUAAAUUCUCAGUCAUUGACUCCAGUGGUUCCUACUUGUGAGAUUCUGCAUACAACAGCCCCCUCCGUUUGGCUCUCCAGCAGUUUGACUAGCAUGCCUUCAUCUGCCUUCUCCAACUGUCUGGAGCUGAUGGGUCACGACCCGUUUCUUGCAUCCUACCAACGCACUGAAGUGCUCAGGAAAGUCAAGCAGAUAUAUGGCCCAGUCUCAUCCUUCUCCCAGGCUGUGAUCUCUCAGCUCGGUGUAAUAGCGACACAGCUAUCAUUAGAUGAGCUGAAUGCCAUUCGACUGACUGAGCGGAGAAGCAUCGCCGCUCUGGGCACAGUCAGUGACUGGAAUAGCAGACAGCUGGCCACACUGUUUUCCACCGUGUUAAACUCCACCAAGCAGAAUCCGAGCCAGCUUGACUCCAGCACUCUGGUGGCAAUGGGAUACAUUGUGUGUGGCGCUAAAGCCACAGAGCUGAGGUCUUUCAAUCCUAUAGAGCUCAGUAAGGCGGUUCUCAGGCUGGGUCGUCUGAGGCUGUCUUGCUCAGAGGAGCAGCUGCAAGCUCUUGUUGAACUGCUAACCCACAGCCUCGUUUUUGGACUCAUGAGUUCCUGGGGCACCGAUGUGUUCAUUGAGAUCGGAGUCCUGGCAGUGGGUAUCCCAGACAUGGCCAUGUCAGCGCUGGUAAAAGAGCAAAUUGAGGGAAUUGCACCUUUGGCUAUCUCAAUGAUGGCACCAAAAAAGUUUGCUGUGGUAUUCUCCCAAGAAAAGAUCGCCAUGUUCUCCUACGAGCAGGCUGUUGCAGUAACUGAUAACCAGCGCUCUGUUCUGUCAGACCUCCAGAAAACAGCUCUAGCUAUGGUGCUAACACCCUGGGACGAUAAGCUUGUAGACUUCAGAGGGAGGUCACUGGGGUUGGCGUUGAGCCACAGCCCCCUGUGUCUCUUAUUGGGACUGCUGAUGCUGCUGACCGUCCUGCUCUGCCCUGACACAUGACCUCGUUCACCCCAGCUGAAUCAGGAGACCCCCUCAUCCACAUGAUGAUUGUCUUUCUGCGCAAUGCUGUAUUUCUUUGAAAUAAACAGCAUCUAAAGCUUUCCGUACUCUUUUUACCAACACUGUAAUUGAUCUUGCAUAACUAUUACUUUACCAUCAACAUUUAGCACUGAAAGAACAAAGUUAACAGUUUGAGAGAGUAGGAGCUGUUUGUUUUAAUCAGCAAGUCUAUCUAAUACCCACAGAUCCUAGACUAUUUAUUUAUUUUUGUACAAACCUAUCUAAACACUGUCCCAUAUAUAUCCUUCUCAGGGAUGCCAUACCUAGAAAUAAUACUUAAAAAUGAUAAAGGUUAGAAUAUAAUUGUUGUGCAGUUAU